UGCGCCGUCAUUCCGGACGCGGCUGUCGGCGAGGGCACACGGGUGGUUGAAAGUCUGCUUUUCUACAGUGUCUCGAGUACGCGCACUGCUAAACCGCUGACAUGCCGGUGAAUAUCGCUUCCGUUCUGGUCGCGGACGCUGUCCACGAAAGCUGCGACCAAAUCUUGCGCGAGUACGGCAUCUCCGUGACGCGAAGGCUACGCAUGACACCUGAGGAGCUGUUGGAGGAAGUCAAGAGGCACGACGCGCUGGUGGUGCGCUCCGAGUCGAAGGUGACGGCGGAGGUGGUGGCUGCGGGCGCGGCCGCGUCGCUGCGCGCCGUCGCCAGGGCCGGCACUGGCGUCGACAACAUCGACGUCGACGCCGCCACCCGCCGCGGCGUCAUCGUCCUCAACACUCCUGGCGGCAACUCCGUGAGCGCCUGCGAACUCACCUGCUCUCUCAUCACCGUGCUCGCCAGGAACGUGCCGGCGGCGUGCCAGUCGCUGAAGGAGGGUCGCUGGGAGCGCAGCAAGCUGGCCGGCUCGGAGCUGAGCGGCAAGACGCUCGCCGUGCUGGGGCUGGGCCGCAUCGGCAGGGAGGUGGCGGCGCGCAUGCGCGCCUUCGGCAUGACGACAAUUGGCUUUGACCCUCUGGUGAGCGCUGAGGCGGCCCAGCAGUUCGGCGUGGAGAAGCUGGAGCUGGAAGAGAUCUGGCCGCGCGCUGACUACAUCACCGUGCACACACCGCUCAUCCCGCAGACCAGAAAUCUGAUUAAUGAUGAAGUGCUCAGCAAAUGCAAACGUGGUGUCCGCAUCGUCAAUGUCGCAAGAGGAGGGAUCAUCGAUGAGAAGGCACUGCUGGUGGCUCUAAACGACGGCCGCUGCGGUGGCGCUGCACUGGACGUGCUGACAGAGGAGCCGCCGCGCUCCGAUUGGCUGCUGGAGCUGGUGCGUCACCCGCAGGUGGUGGCCACGCCCCAUCUGGGCGCCAGCACCGCCGAGGCGCAGCGGCGGGUCGCCAGGGAGGCGGCCGAGCAGCUGGUGGCACUCUCCGCCACCGUGCCCGCCGCGCAGAGGGCCAGGUUCCAGCUGACAGGUGUUGUGAACGCACCCGCACUGUCUGCAUCACUGGACGAGGGGAAUCAGCCCUGGCUCCAGCUGGCAAAGGAGCUGGGCUCACUGGCCGCCCGUCUGGUCCAGGGUUCGCUGCCCGGGACGGCCAUCAACGUGACAGCCUCUGGCCCUGGUAGUGAGCGGCUGACCUUCGUUGCCACGGCAGCCGUUACUGGUUUGCUGUCUGGGCGCACACCGAAUGGGUUGAACCUGGUCAACGCCCCAGCACUGGCACGCGACAUGGGUGUCACAGUGACAUCCGAGAAGGCCUCUGCUGGCAGCCAGGGAGACGACACCACAGUCACUGUCAAAAUCCAGCAGGCCAGCGGGGAGGUGCAUGCCGUCACUGGUACGGUCCGUGCUGACAACCGGCCCCUCCUGCUCUCUGUCGACGGCUGCGUCUUCGACGGUGGCAUUGCCCUCGGUGGGGGCGCACCUCUGCGCCUGUUCCGUGCCGCCUCUGCCGCCUCAGCACUUGGAGCUGUGUUGGGGGCACUGGCCUCUGCCUCCGCUUCCAUUACCGGUGUCUCUGUAGCUGCCCCUGUCAUGGAGCCGGCCAAAGGGCAACCCACUGACUCUCACGCCUGGAUCGCUGUGCGCACCACGCAGCGUGUCGAGACCCGUGUUAACAUCCCGGGUGUCGUCGACGUCUGAAGAUUCACUUGUGCUGUUUUGCCCAAUUUGUGAAGCUACUGUGCCCAGUACAACUCAAAUUGUGUCUUCAGCAUUCAUCUCACUUCUUGAAGUGUGUUUUGUAACAAUUAUGUGACACUACUGCCUGGUGCUCUGAAACUGUAGUAACUGGUAAGGAAUGAAAUUUUGAAAUGAACUGCCAUCAGUCAGCUCUUAGCUGAUUAUCCAUUGUUGCCCAGUUACUUUUUUUUUUAAGUCACCUUGUUCCUACUCCCUACCACACCAGUGGGGCAGAAAUGUCAUCAGGACUGACACUUAUUAGUCAAUGACCCCAGUAUCCUUUGCAGGUGGCCUUAAUACCUCUCAUUUGCUAGGUGGGUGUAUCUCCAGAUAGGAUGUGAUGUGUUGAAAUUACUCCGCACACCCAAACAGUCCACAUUACACAUCAUCCCCUUACGCCCCUCAGCUCUCACCAUGACACCUAUUCGUCAAAUGUCAUCAAGACUGUCAACAAUUGUCGUAAUAACAGAAUACUGUGGAUUAUGUACUAUUAUAGCUCACUUUCUAUUAUUUUUGUGUGUAACUCCUGUCCCAGCCCAUCCUAAUUUUAAGUGCGAUAGAGGUGUUUUACCCCAGCAGGGUAUUUUUCCCACAUAAUAAACCAUAUUUCUACCACAUUUAGUUGAAGUUGCUGGUGAUGUUCCAGCUUUGUGCCACCACAUAUGCUAGGAGUAUAUUACUACCAUGACAGUUCUCGCCUUAGUCAUAUGUCUCUCACAUAUUGUAAUAUCUCCAGGCAUUCCAGAAGCAUGCUGAGCACCCACUUUAAAUAUAUUAUUUCGUUUUGAAGUAUUCAUUGAGACUAGGCACCAAUGUUUACCUCUCCUUGUAGUUAAACAAUGAGCAAGUUUCCGUAAAAACUUGUUACCCUCUGUUUUUCACCAGAUUUGAUAGUAUAACAUCCAUCUGGCUGAUUGGACAAAACUUUUCAUUCUUACCCAAUAAAGCCUUAAUGUUUCAGGCAACUAUUUUAAAGAAAAAGUGAACAAUACAUUAAUUUAUUUUACUGAUUACAGAUUGCAUCAAUAAUGCUUGGUAAAAAGGAAAAAAAGAUCAUAUAAAUACUAGUGCAUUCCAACUAAUUUCAAAUGAAAUGUUCUCACAGUAUUAUAAAUAAGACUUCCUACCAUAUUGUGCUGUAAUUUAAUUUGCAGUGAAACCUGACUCAUGAAAUUUGCUUUAUGAAAACUUGAAGUUUUUUGCUUCUACUUCAGUUUUUCUGUGAGCUCUAACAUAUAUUUUCAUAAUGUAUUUUUAAUAUUUUGAUCUGCAAAUUUUUGUUUAAGAGAAAGCGUUUGACUGAUACAAUGAUUUUUGUGGUGUAUUGUAAUCAAUGGCUGUGAUAUUCAUGUACUGUGAAGGUAAAAACUUUGCUUGAACAAUGACAUUUUGUGGAUCUAAUUUCAUCAUGAAAUAAAAAAAAUGAUUUAAUACAGAAGAAGUUAUGAUUGGAAAAUAUGAACUGAUAACGCCAAAGAAGCAUAGUCCGACACAGGAGAACUUACCAGUUAUUCUACAGGCUGAGUUCUCUGUAUUCAAUCAUGUCGGUCUUAAUCAUAGCAGUGAAAUUCAUUCUGUGUAGUGACAUCAAAUACAUUGUGCAAAAACUGUGUUUAUAUCAGGGAACCAUACAUUUUAGGAUUAGAACAGAAAUUUAUUAUCCAUGUUUCUUAAAGUCCAAAAUUUGAAUAAAUUAUCUUAAUUAAUAAACUGCACAUCAAAUUUUCUGUAUAAAAGCUCAUAAAGAAGAUGAGAAACUGCCACUUAAAACUGACAAAAAUGGUCUAUUAGGAAGAAGGCCAACUUUUUGUUUUUCUAUUAAAUGUGUCCCUAAGUAUACUAUCUGUCUGUCCACAUCUACAUACAGUGAGAAUUAACUGUCAUUUCUUUUUAUUAAUGUCUAAUGUAUUACAUACUAGUAUACUAUGAUUUGAUCAAUAUUCCUUUAUUUUUAGCAUUGCAUCACCAUAAAUAUUGCUGUAGUUGUUACAGCAGCAUAUGUUAGUUCUGUGGUGAAAUGCAUAAAGCUUAACAGCCUAUGGUUGUGGCAAUAUUUCUUUCGAGACUGUAGUUGACAUUUUUGUCUUGAUAGUCUUAAUAACUGUAAUUUUUUGUACCUAUAUCUACCCUUAUUUAAAAAUCAAAUGCCAUUGCAUUCUUCCAUUUUACAUUUUUAGAAAUAAAGAAAAUAAUUGAAUAUAUCAGAAGACAGUUUUUUACUGUAAUACUGUAAUUUUUCUGUAUGAGAAUAGUGCCAUGUAUAAAAUAAAAAUGAACGAUUUUAAAAAUCA